CUGGAUUCUAAUCAUUAAUCCCUAGAGCGCCAUUACUGGACUACAAAGAGAGAGAGACUCUCACGUGAACGCUGGCAACUGAGGAUGAAGUGACAGGACACACACAAUAAUCAUGUACAACCAGAGCCGCUAUGACAGCCCCCCUGUCUACAGCCCCCCCAACAGCUACUUCCAUCACCCGAGCCAAGCUCCUGGCUCGUACGCUUACCAUGUCAAGUCAGCUCCACCGGACUCAUUUUAUCAGGAAGAUGUCCCACCGCAGCACUUCUACAAGUGGAACUCCCCUCCUGGGUGGAUUCGCAUCUUGCAGGGCACAGUCAUUUUCCUCUGUGUGGCCAUUUUUGCCUGUGUUGCCUCCACUUUGGCUUGGGAGUAUAACUAUGGAGGGUUGGGUGGUAUGGGAGGAAUGGGUGGAUUAUAUGGAGGAUAUAGCGGAGGAUAUAUGGGCGGCUAUGGAUACGGCUAUGGUUCUGGUUAUGGAAUGACCAAUCCCCAGGCUGCCAGUGGCUUUAUGAUGGCCAUGGCUGUGCUGACCUUUGCAGCAGUUUUGGGGCUCUUCAUAGCUAGUGUAUCUAAAACCAGUAGUUCCCGUUCCCGUAGGUUCUUCAUGGCUGUCCUUGUAAUGAGUGCUGUACUGGCCACUAUGGAACUCAUUGCUAGCAUUGUCUACAUUGCUGGGGUUAAUCCACGUUCCCAGAUGGGUGGCAGCCUAUACUAUAGCCAAAUCAUGAUGAUGUGCAACCAGGUAUACUCACCUGUCUCUGGUGGUGCUGGAUUCGUGAAUCAGUAUCUUUAUCACUACUGUAUGGUUGAUCCACAAGAGGCGAUUGCUAUAGUCUGUGGUUUUAUCAUCGUCAUCCUGCUAUGCGUCAUAUCCUUCUUUGCUCAGAAGACAAGGCGCAAGAUUUGGUCUUAUGGUGAAUCCAACAUUUACUGGGACAAACCCAUUGGCACCCUCCAAGAAGGUCCUAACGUAGAGGAAUGGGUGAAGAGUGUUCCUGGGGUCCCCCCUGAUGAUACCGUGACCAUUACUUACUCAGAGAGGCCGCAGAGUCCAGUUAAGGCUCUGAGCAACAACAGCAUUUACAAACCUCAGGACAGUGUUGACAGUAGAGUCGAGACCCCUCUUAUGAGCAGCUCAUAUGUUGCAUCCAGUGCACCCCCUGAAAGAAGCAGAAGACCUCCAGUCCACAGGGGCCGAAGACGGAGAAGGAAUCCAGAGCUUGAUGAGUCCCAGUAUGAGACGGAUUAUACAACGGCUGUAGACUCUGGAGAUGACAGAGAUCUGGGAGAGUGGGAGAGUCUAUAUCCACCUAUAUCCUCGGAUACUGAACGUCAGGAGUACAAGCGGGAGUUUGAUUCUGACCUACGCCGUUAUAAACUCAUGUGUGCAGAGAUGGAUGACAUCAACGACCAGCUGCAACAGCUUAACAAGCAACUUGACGGACUAACCGAGGGCAGCAUUCAAUACCAGGGGGUAGCUGAAGAGUAUAACAGACUGAAAGAUCUUAAAAGAACUCCUGAUUACCAGUCAAAGAAGAAUGAAACCAAACAACUCAGAAACAAGCUGUUUCAUAUCAAGAGGAUGGUGAAUGGCUAUGACAAAUAUAGAAGUUGAAAAAUUGGGCAACACUGGAGGAUAUUAAGUAGGAGACACCCCGAGAUGGCAGCAAUCAAGUUGCUGUAACUAAGGAUUUUCCCCCUGAUCUGAAUUCUGGAGGAAUGAAACUCAACAAUUUCUUUAACCUUGAAUCUGAAGGUCACGUUAACUUCAAUAGUAAUCUGCAGCUGUAUCAGAGAACUAGCACAUUAAAGGGACAGUAUGCUCCAAUUUUCAUUUAACUGCAUGUAAUAGACACUAGUAUAAAGAAUAAGAUGCACAGAUACUGAUAUAAAAAUCCAGUAUAAAACAGUUUAAAAAAUUAUUUAGAAGCUCCCAGUUUAGCUCUGUUUAAAGGAUUAUCUGGAACACCCACUGCAAGUGGGAAAUAUUCAGACACUCCCCCCUCCCCCUUCCUCUGCAUAUGAAAAAACCCUUUACGCAAACAGGAGAAAGCUGGAGUAGGUAUACAUCAGUAUUUUGAUAAAACUUUGGGGCUUGGUUAGGAGUCUGAAAAUCAGUGCAAUGUUAUUUAAAAAUAAGCAAAACUAUAUAUAUAUAUUUUUUUUUUUAAAGUUGUAUGGGCUAUAUAAAUGGAUAAUCUACAAAACAUUUAUGCAAAGAAAAAUCUAGUGUAUAAUGUCCCUUUUAGUAUAACAGCAACAGGUCUUAUUAGGAAAGAUGACUCCAUUUUAAUAAGCAAUUUAAGGCUAGAUUACGAGUGGCGCGAUAACUGUUGCGAAUCGAAAAGGGGUUUAUUGCGACUCAUUGCACACGUCGGAAGUAGCGUACGUAUUACGUGUUGAAAUUAAACGCGUUCACAUGAGCAUAAUUGAAUUUAACGCACGUUGGGUUAGCAAGACUUCAGAGCUCUGGUUAACUGUUACGCAAGGCAAAACAAUGGAGAAAAACCCCCCAUCAAAAAUACAUUAAAACUACAGUUAGAAUCAUAAUAACACUAUCUGAUAAAAAUUAUUUUUUAAAAAGAUUGCAUAAAAAAAGUUAUAAGGGCUGAACGAUAUGAGAUCUCAGUUGUUGGGGGGAAAAAGACUAAAAAAGGGCUUUAACAUAGAGAUAAUACAUAUACAUGUCUAAAUAUAUAUACAGUAUAUGUAUUUAUAUGUGUGUGUAUAUAUGUAUUUAUGUAUUUAUAUGUGUAUAUAUGUAUUUACAGACAUAUAUACACAUACAGGGAGUGCAGAAUUAUUAGGCAAAUGAGUAUUUUGACCACAUCAUCCUCUUUAUGCAUGUUGUCUUACUCCAAGCUGUAUAGGCUUGAAAGCCUACUACCAAUUAAGCAUAUUAGGUGAUGUGCAUCUCUGUAAUGAGAAGGGGUGUGGUCUAAUGACAUCACCACCCUAUAUCAGGUGUGCAUAAUUAUUAGGCAACUUCCUUUCCUUUGGCAAAAUGGGUCAAAAGAAGGACUUGACAGGCUCAGAAAAGUAAAAAAUAGUGAGAUAUCUUGCAGAGGGAUGCAGCACUCUUAAAAUUGCAAAGCUUCUGAAGCGUGAUCAUCGAACAAUCAAGCGUUUCAUUCAAAAUAGUCAACAGGGUCGCAAGA